AUGUACGAGGAGACAUCAGACGAUCCUAACCGUUUCCGUACCGUCUACAGACCUUCAGGAUCAUCAGGACCUUCAGGACCAUCAACAAGUCCAGCAAGUCCAGCAAGUCCAGCAAGUCCAGCAAGUCCAGCAAGUCCAGAACGUUCAGGACCAUCAGGACCUUCAACAAGUUCAACGAGUUCAACAAGGAAAACACGCAUCGUACUCAGAUCUUCAAGACCUGUGGGACCUUCAACAAGCCCAAUAAGUCCAGAACGUCCAGGAUCACCAGAGACCCAAGACUGCCUCAUCGUCGAACCAAUGCCAAAGCCAUCUAGGAAGGUUGUUUCGACACUAACAGGCGGUAAUCCUCAGAAACGCAAGCGUGACACUGUAACAGAAGAAACAGAGCAGCUUGAGAAUACUCCACCAGCCAAACGUGCUCAGACUGAUCAAUACUCUAUUACCAAGCCAUCUGGGAAGGUUGGUCAGAAAACCACACCCGGAAAUGCUCAGAAACGCAAGCAUGACACUGUGACAAAAGAAACAGGGCAGCUUAAGGAUACCCCACCAGCCAAGCGUGCUCAGACUGAGCAGCACUCUAUUCCAACUCCUGUUGAGACACCCUUCAGUAUCACUGAGCGUCAAGCCAGCAGUUCACCCCUUAAAACUCCAUCGUGGGCUGAAGACAUGACAUGGCCUUCGCCCCAAGCACACCAGUUUUCAACUCCAGGACUACCAAGGCCUGGAAUCAUAGUUGACCAAGACAUCCCCAGCCCUUCACAGAAGCCAGAAAAAGCCCUGCCACCUAAACGGCCACACAGCCUUAGAAAACAUGGAGAAGCCCUUCUCUUCACUCUGGAAAGAGUUAACGAAGAAUAUCGUGAUCAGUUGGUCCAGCUAGUGAUAGCUAGGCCUCAAAUCAAGUUGCUGGGAUCAAAUGAUAAAUACAGAAGAACUCUUGCCAAAGAAGCUCUUCCCAAAGAUGGUCGAAACCCAAACCGGGGAUUUCCACAAGGUUGGACUCAUGGCAAGACAGUGGCUGAAACACUCGGGAAAAGUCGAUCCGAAAAAAAUGGUCCAGAGACUUCAUAUAAUCACGGCCGCUUGGAAGCCUGGAGUUGA